AUGGCGAGGGCGGGUUCAGCGGGCGCCUGGCGAGGGCAGCGCGGCCUGUCAGCUGCAGGGCGUGGCACGGCAGCGUCCCCCGUCCCGCUAACAACGCCUGUCGCUGCCGCCGCCGCCGCCGCCGCCGCCGCCGCCGCCGACAGUUUAUCGACUGCCUCCCCCUCCUUCCCGUCCCCCUUCCCGGCAGGGCCACCCCCUAGCGGGCCGCCAGAUCACACGAAUUUCACGGCCGUGUACCGUAACACAGCGCGCCGCCAGAGCUACCAACCUAGUCAAUCGGCAGAAAUUAAAGCUCUGUCUGCCAAGCAAGAAGCUCAGGCUGCCAAGCAAGAAGCUCAGGCUGCCAAGCAAGAAGAUCAGGCUGCCAAGCAAGAAGCUCAGGCUGCCAAGCAAGAAGCUCAGGCUGCCAAGCGAGAAGCUCAGGCUGCCAAGCAAGAAGCUCAGAAGGAGGGUGGUCGGGAGAAGGUCAAGAGACAAGAGUGCAGGGUUUGUCAGAAUAAUGGACGUGACAAGGACGUAAGCUGUCUAGAGACGCGCAACCAUCAAGGCAGUUGCCUCUAG